AUGGCCGCCACCAUCCCCAUCGUCAAGAAGCGGACCAAACCCUUCAAGCGCCACCAGUCGGAUCGUUACAAGAGCGUAAAGGAGGCAUGGAGAAAACCCAAGGGUAUUGAUAACAGGGUCAGGCGGCGGUUCAAGGGACAGCUCCCCAUGCCCAAGAUUGGCUAUGGCAGCAACAAGAAGACUCGCCACCUUCUCCCCAACGGCCUCAAGAAGUUCCUCGUCAGCAAUGUCCGGGAUGUUGAGCUCUUGUUGAUGCACAACAAAAACUUCGCUGCCGAGAUUGCGCACAAUGUUAGCAGCCGCAACCGGACAGUGAUUCUUGAGAAGGCCAAGGCUUUGGGUAUCAAGGUUACCAACCCUGCCGCGCGUCUGCGGUCAGAGGAGUAG